UCUUUCCCACCACUCCAUUAAGCUUUGAUCGUCCGAUCCCUUUUUUUCUCAUCUUCUAGUUCAGUUCUUUGUUGAAUCUCGCGUUCAACUUAAAAAAAAAACAAUUUUUGUCGAAAAAAAUCGAUCUUCAAGGAGUUCAAUUAUCCAUGUCGUCGGAUAUAAGCUAGACUUCUCUGCUAAAUUUUCGUCGUUCUCUGUAGUUUUUUUCACUUUCUCUUUCCGACGACUCGAGGAGAUUUUCGUUCUAAAGAUGGCUGUACGCAGCAACGACUUCAACGGAGUUAAUUGCGAGGAGAGUUUCAUAUUUGAUCUCUCGAGUUUGAUCUUGUAAUUGGCAUCUGUGAAGAAAACCUCUAAAAGGUCAUUUUUUUCUUUUUUUCUUUUUGUUAUUGGACGCAAAGGAAUGGGAACGGAUAGUUUGUUACUGCCAACGGUUGGACCGCCAAUUAAACCGCGAGCAGGGUUGAGGAGAAAACAGGCUGGAAGAGGCUCUUACAGAGGAAGCUAGGGGCUUUAUUGCAAACAGAAGAUAGGUUGGGGGAGUGCUUUUGAAUUGAAAAUUUUGUUACUUUUAGUUGGGGGCGGGGGCUUUUCGAACAAAAAAAAACUUUCUUUCUGUUUUUGAGGAGAGAUAGGGAUGGGCAGCAGUACAACUAGCAGUGGUUUGCACCAGAUACUGAGAAGUCUCUGUCUCAAUACUGAGUGGAAAUACGCCGUUUUCUGGAAGCUUAAGCAUCGAGCUCGAAUGGUGCUGACUUUGGAGGAUGCAUACUACGACAAUCAUGACCAAUGUGAUCCUUCAGGGAACAACAGUUUCCGAGAUUCAUUAGAAAACUUGCGCAGUGGACAUUGUUCACAUGACCCCCUUGGUUUAGCAUUGGCAAAGAUGUCUUAUCAAGUAUAUUCACUAGGGGAAGGGAUUGUUGGACAAGUGGCAGUUUCUGGAAAGCAUCAAUGGAUAUUUGCAGAUAAGCAUGUUAACAGCUCCUGCUCAUCGUUUGAGUUCUCUGACGGUUGGCAAAGUCAGUUUAAAGCAGGGAUCAGGACCAUUGUUGUUGUUGCUGUUGUUCCACAGGGAGUUGUGCAGCUUGGCUCCUUAAAUAAAGUAUUUGAGGAUGUGAAGCUUGUGAGUCUCAUCAGAGAUAUGUUUUUUUCUCUUCAAGAUUCUUCUCUAGGGCAUAUUGCCAAUCCAAUAGAAUGUAGCAUGAAGAGAUCAGUUUUUGAGCCUGGAUUACAUACAAAACUAUUAGAUUCAGAAGUUAUUUCUUUAGAUAAAGCUGUAUACAAAGAAGGACCAGAUUUUUCGUUGCCUGAGUUUUCACAUCGCCAAAAAUGCAGUGAUAGUUCAUUUGUUUUUCCACUGGCCAGUAAUAAUCAGAGAAGGGCAGUUGAUGUGGAAAAUAAGCAUAAAGGACAUGACCUAUCCUCAGCAGGGAGUGAUGAGACUGCUAAAUUGCUGACACCAAGAUCAAAUGUUUCCGACUCGGAGCAUCUAAAUCAGUUGGGGAGGAAUUUGAUAACAAAUGGGGUAUGCAAAGGGGAGACUAGUGGGUGGAAAAGUUCAAGUAUGAGACCAGAAAAUGUUUACACAAACCAUCCCGUUACCGACAGUACAAAUUUAUUUAAUGUUGCACUUCAAGCUGAACAGUAUGAAGCUGAUCAUACAUUAUACUCAAACUUCCUUCAAUCUGCAAUUAGUGAUACUGUUAAGGUGAGUGGUUUGAAUUCUUAUCAAAAUGAAGUGUGGGACACUCCUGAAUCUUCAGAUGUAAAAUUUCAAAAGCACUUGAAGUUGGGGAAUCAAAAUGAUUCAAGUGACUUGGACUCUAUAAACACUUCUUCAAAGUUUUCUGUUGGGUAUGAGCUUUACGAAGCACUUGGACCUGCUUUUCUGAGAAAGAGUAUCAAUACCAACUGGCAGGUAGAGAAUAUGGAAGUUGGAGCUAAUAUUGAAAUGCUAGAGGGGAUGAGCAGCAGCCAGUUAACUUUUGAAUCUGGUUCAGAGAAUCUCCUAGAGGCUGUAGUGGCAAAUAUUUGCCAUAGCGGAAGAGAUAUCAAAAGUGAGAGGUCAUUUUGCAGAUCAGCACCAUCGUCAGUGACUACUGGAAAUACACCAGAGCUUUCAAGCCAAACAAAACAUACUAUUAGUUCAGCUGAUUAUUCAAUUGAUCAGUCCUCUUUCAAAGAAAAAAACACACAUCAAUGCUUGAGUUCGUCAACUUUAAUUGGUGCAUUGUCUUCAAGAGGGUUUUCUUCUGCUUGCCCUGGCAGCUGUAGUGAGCCAGCUAAGAACAACAAAAAGCGGGCUAGACCUGGUGAAAAUCCCAGGCCUAGGCCGAGGGACAGACAACUCAUUCAAGAUCGUCUUAAGGAGCUAAGGGAGCUUGUGCCUAAUGGAGCAAAGUGCAGUAUUGAUUCAUUGCUGGAGCGCACAAUCAAGCACUUGGUCUUUCUGCAAGGCAUCACAAAGCACGCUGACAAGCUCAGUAAAUGUGCAGAAUCAAAGAUGCAUCACAAGGGAGCUGGCAGUCUCGGAUCAUCCAAUUAUGACCAAGGUUCAAGCUGGGCAGUGGAAGUGGGAAGCCAUCUAAAAGUUUGCUCAAUAGUAGUUGAGAAUAUAAACAAAAAUGGGCAGAUGCUUGUAGAGCUGUUGUGUGAGGAAUGUAGUCAUUUUCUUGAGAUAGCAGAGGCCAUCAGAAGCUUGGGCCUGACAAUUUUAAAGGGGGUUACAGAAGCACGUGGUGAGAAGACUUGGAUAUGUUUUGUGGUUGAGGGACAGAACAACAGAGUCAUGCAUAGAAUGGACAUCUUAUGGUCACUUGUGCAAAUUUUGCAAUCCAAGGCUACAAGCUAGCUGCAAUUGCUUGCCACCACUUGGAAGUAGUUAUAUUGGCUCCCACUAUAACAUAUUGUGAGUGUUUUGUGAUUUUAGAUUGGCUUUAUGGUUUUUGCCUAUUGUCUUUAUCUUCCAAUCCCCUAAAAGAAUAUUUAAAGCAGGGGAAAAGAAGAGAACAUCCUUGAGAAACAUUAUGUGAAGAGU